GUCCCCCCAUAUCGUGUCCGCACACUCUCCUCGUCGCCGCUGGAUUCACCUUCACCCUGUGCUCUCUAUGUGCCAUUCAUCACCCGCUUUCCCGGUGUUUCCGCGCCUCCGGUGAGCGUUGUCGGCCCCAUAGCACCCGCCUCGGCGCGUCAUCUGGAUACCAUCAGAACAUCCCCUCUUUGUUCGUCUUUGUGCGCUUUCCUGCCCUCGACACACAAUGGCAGCGACUCCUGGGACACCACGGCAACGCGUUCGGAGCGCGGGACGACCGCCGAGACGCACCGUAUCUGACUCAGCACCACCGCUCAAGAAGCGACGGUACAUCCCCGGCGGUCCUGGUGGCGGGGGAAGAUACGUCGACGAAGACGGCCAAGAGACGCCCGUCGGGGGAACAGGACCUGGAGGAUACGCAUAUACCGGACCUCGCGGCCGCAUUGGUAGACUGAAUGCCGAGCGUCAGGGCAUCCCCGUCCCCGAACCAUCGCCAUCCGCAACGCACACUCGACCUCGACGACAGCGGCCGCCUGCUGGACCUAGGUCUAGCUCGGCCGCAGCUGCAGCUGCCAUCGUGGCCCAGACCGACGGGUACAAGCCGAGGGAGGAGAGGGGCUGGGAGGAGUUCCAUCAGGACUUGGACAUCGAAGCGGCGUUCCCCGUCUUCAGCGCGGAUCAGGUUGACGGCAUAAGUCCCGCCCAAUCGACCCCCGGGACACCUGUCAAUGGAGGAACGAAUCACUUUGCUGUGGAUAGCAAGUCCUCUGCGAUACUGGACGAGGCGCUGCGCGCUCAAGCAGCUCAGGAUGCCAACAACAUACCCAGGCCGGGGGCUGUCAAUGGCAACUUUGUCACCCCAGCGAGGAGGCGCGUUGGGCGUCCACCCCGGAAGCUGGACUCUAUGCUCAAUGGCCUUGGAUCCCCGCCAGCUCCCCGCGUAACUCCUUUGCCGACUAUGAAUCCGAAGGAAAAGCUGAAUCUUCCUAAACCGUCAUGUCGCCAGGUGGAUCCGUUCAAGGUCUUCGAAGAGAGCGAAGGAGUCAAGGUCAACUACGUCGAUAAGUCUAUGGCGAAUCUUGGAUACCAGGAGAGCGAGAUUUUCGUGAAACCGGAGAAGAGUCUCAUCCGGCUGCCGGAGGGUUCGAUAGAAGAGGAUCUGGAUCUCACCCUCAAGUCGGAUCUCGAUACCUCAAUCCAUGCCGUUCCCAUUGGACGGGUUGAAUAUGAUAUGGAUGAACAGGACGACAGAUGGCUGGAGCAGGUGAAUGCGCAACGGAGGGAGGAAAAUGCAGAGCCUAUCAAGCCUGCUAUAUUUGAGAUUACCAUAACUCAGAUUGAGAAGGAGUGGCAUGCGUUAGAGAAGCGCAUACCAAAACCGAACCCAAAGCCCCCGCAAACUCAUCGACCUCGGUCAAGCUCUGCAGCCGCCGUGAAUGGCGAGCCUGCAGGCCAGGGUGAAGAGCAAGACACCAAGUGUGCGAUUUGCGACGACGGCGAUUGCGAAAAUACUAAUGCCAUUGUGUUCUGCGACGGCUGUGACUUGGCGGUGCAUCAAGAAUGUUAUGGAGUGCCAUUCAUACCAGAAGGACAGUGGCUUUGCCGGAGAUGCCAGCUGGUAGGGCGUAUCGAUCAUCCAGGCUGCAUCUUCUGUCCCAAUCUGGAUGGAGCUUUCAAGCAAACCACAAACAUGAAGUGGUCACAUCUCUUGUGCGCUCUCUUUAUCCCCGAGGUCUCCAUAGCGAAUACGACCUUCAUGGAACCUGUGCAAGAUGUUGAGAAGGUGCCAAGGACACGUUGGAAACUCACCUGCAUGAUAUGCAAGCAGAAGAUGGGUGCCUGCAUACAGUGUGCUCACAAGUCUUGCUUCGAGGCAUUCCACGUAACGUGUGCAAGGAAAGCUCGACUGUGCCUCCGUACGAAUAUAUUCAGUCGCUUGGAAGAGGAGCGUGAACGGCCCCCUGAAUUCAGAGGUUACUGUGAUCGGCAUACUCCUCUAGAAUGGCGGAAAGAAAAUGAUGUAGAGCGAGCAGUUGCCGAAGCAAAGGCUUUCUACCGACACACCAUGCGCCAUGUGCACUGGGGUGACAGUCAGGCUUAUGCUCUGUCCCUAGGGUCCGCACUCCCUCAGCCGUCGAUAGAAGGCCCCGAAGAGGUGGCGGAGGAAACGCCUGGAAACAAACGAAAGCGGGAGCAGCCAACGAAGUCAUGGAGACUGCCGUCAGGGGCGCCUGUUAUACCGCAAGCGAUCUAUCAAAACGUAGAGCACACGCUCAGUCGAUUUAGCAUACGCAAGAGGAAGGAGUUCGUACAAGAAGCAUGCAAAUACUGGACUCUGAAGCGGGAAGCACGUCGCGGUGCUCCUCUGCUGAAGCGUCUGCAGCUUCAAAUGGAGGCGUUCACGUCAAUGGAGAUUACGCGUCGUGAUUUCGCUGGAAUGGGCGCUGCUGGACGGCCGAGACUACAACGGCGGAUCGAAUUCGCUAAGAUGCUCGAAAAAGACAUGGAGCAAAUCCAGUUCCUCUGCGAAAAGGUCAAGGAGAGGGAGGCUACGAAACUGGAGGAUAUUUUGCUUCUGAGGAACAUCAUCGAUACAGUGUAUUUCCCGAUACCGCCGCUUCUGCAACCAAUCCUCGACAAAGCACAGAGCUUGGAUAAUAGGGGUCUGUUCUCUGAAGGCUUCAAUGCCAUACAGGCAAAGCUCAACGAGAAGUUCUAUACAUCGGUACAAGCAUUCAGCAAUGACAUUUCAGGAGUCUUCAGCUCUGUCAUUGACUUCGCGACAGUCACUGAUAUGGGCGAAGCGGAGAACCAGCUCAGCGGCGUCGAACACAGCUCGCUCACCUCUGAGCAAAAGCAGAUCAAGGCAUUGGCAAAGCGGAUCAUCAAGGCCAUUCAUCCGUUGUACAAGGAGGCUCUUCGGAAAGAGUCUGACCUGGCCGGGAGGCCGUACGCGCAGGACAUACCUGAUUUGGAGGCUCUCCUCGACCAGAAACUGGGACACCAGACGAAUGCGCCUGUACUGAACCAGGAACAACAUGUGCGGCCAUCGACCGAGACCGACCUGGGCGAAUCCGCACACGUGGCUCCUGACCAGAUGGAUAGAAGCAACAGCGACGUGACUGCAAAGGAGAGUCAUGGGCCUAACCAAGCCCCAACACCAGAGGAGAAUUCUGCGGACCCCCACUUGGCAGCGAGGGAUGAGGAUGCAGACGAAGCCGCAAUUGCGGCGCAAUUCAACCGAGAUGCCUUGCGAAGCGCCGAGCCCGAUGCGAUGGAGAUCGACCUCCCCGAAGCCAGCGACCAUGGCACUGGAGCAGGCGAAGCGCCUAUAACGCCCCCUAGAUCGGAAAAGGACUUACUUGCACCGCUUGCAAACGGAGGUAUCCCUUGGUAUAUGGAAGCCUUCGAUCCGGUCGGCACGACAAUCCAUGACGAAAAGUGGACCGGGAGAGAUGUCCUCCGUGAAAUGAGCGAGUGCUUGACCGAGAUGGAUGACGAUGAGCUUGACGGACUUGUUGGCUCCGACGAUAUCCAGCCCGGGGAUGGCACAGCACCGGUACCAGAGGCAACGCCAGCACAGAAGGUUGUGCGUAAAGCGAAGAAGAGGCGCUUAUAUAGAUGAGCUGAAGGUUUUACAUUUGGUACGGGAUGCCGUUCUGAGACCAUUCUAGUUGUUUCGGCCUCCGUGUAUUAUUUGGGCAUCUGUAGGAUACGACGGGUGGGCUGGCUCUGUUUGUCGUAUGUGGAGUCUUUGAUGAGAGGCGUUGGUGGGUUUGCUUUCUCACUGGAGACGCGGUUUGCAGUAUCUCCUGGUGUGGGAUUUCUGUGGGUUAUGGUUUUAGUGGGCUAUGUACCUUCGGCACCUCUACUCCGUAUUGGUAUGACGGAUGCUUUGCUAUAUUUCCGGUUAGGCACUGGCGGGUAGAAUGCCAU